AUGUCUUGUCUGGAAUCGUGUCUCCAAGGACCCUGCAGUGUCCCCACUGGCCCAGCUACCACCCUCCGCUCCUCUGACAUAUUCUGCCCAAGUGAGGUCUGCCUGCCCAGCACCUGCCCACACAAUGUCAGCCUCCUCCAGCCCACCUGCAGCGACUCCACUCCCCCACCCUGCUGUGUGCCUGACUCCUAUGUGGCAUCGUGUUGGCUACUCAGCAAGGGCCACCCUGUCCCAAAUGUAACUGGGAUCUCUGUCACCACGUGUGUCCAACCUUGUGAAUGUCAACCCCCCUGCUGCUAG